AGUCUUAUGAACGGUCACACUUCAUUUCUCGAAAUGAAUGUUUCAAAAUGCUCGUGUAUUUAAAUCGAUUUUUAAGAUUCAAAGUCAACGCCACCGCCGCCAGGCUGCCAUGCAACUGAACUCGACGUCGAGUCGGCAACAAUUAGUGAUAUGAGCUUGUGUUUUCACUGUGGCAAAACAUUAAAAUCAGCAGUGAAUUUUAAAAGUUAGUGUUAAGUGUGCAACUGGUGCGAAAUUCUAAGUAAAACAAAACGGUCCACGCCAUAGGAACAACAACAAAAACAACCGAAAAAAAAGGGCUGCGCAAAAACGUAAACAAAAGCAAGUAGAAAACGGAGCAAAGGAAAAGGCAAUAUCAGAAGUAAAACCAAAGGAAAGCCAGAGGAAAACAAAGCCACGAAAGCGGAGAACAAAGAGGGGAGCUGCAAACAGAACGGAAGUGGAGAGGGGAGGCAGUGCGACAGAGGACCAGGAAGAGAGAAGGAGCAGCAGCAACCGAAGCAGAAGCGCAAAACAGAAUCCGUAAAAUGGACUCGGACAAUGACAACGAUUUCUGCGAUAAUGUUGAUUCGGGCAACGUUUCCUCGGGCGACGACGGAGAUGACGACUUCGGCAUGGAUGUGGACCUCCCAAGUUCCGCGGAGCGCCAGCUGGACCAAGACGACUUCCAGUACAAGGUGCUCACCACCGACGAGAUUGUGCAACACCAGCGGGAGAUCAUCGACGAUCUCAAUCUGGUGUUGAAGCUCCCCACACCCACUACGCGGAUACUGCUGAAUCACUUCAAGUGGGACAAGGAGAGGCUCUUAGAAAAGUACUUCGACAGCAACCCCGAGGAGUUCUUCAAAUGCGCACACGUCAUAAAUCCUUUCAAUAACGCCACCGAAGCGGUCAGACAAAAGACCACACGAAGUCAGUGCGAAGAGUGCGAAAUAUGCUUUGUACUGCUCCCGGCAGAUACCAUGACCGGGCUGGAGUGCGGACACCGAUUCUGCAUGACCUGUUGGCGCGAGUAUCUGACAACGAAGAUCUUGACGGAGGGUCUGGGCCAGUCAAUUUCGUGCGCGGCGCACGGCUGUGAUAUCCUGGUGGACGACGUGACCGUCACCAAGCUGGUGCUGGACGCACGGGUGCGGGUCAAGUACCAGCAGCUGAUCACCAAUAGCUUUGUGGAGUGCAACCAGCUGCUGCGCUGGUGUCCGUCCGUCGACUGCACCUAUGCGGUGAAGGUGCCGUAUGCGGAGUCACGUCGCGUCCACUGCAAGUGCGGCCAUGUCUUCUGCUUCGCCUGCGGCGAGAACUGGCACGAUCCGGUCAAGUGUCGCUGGCUGAAGAAGUGGAUCAAGAAGUGCGACGACGACUCAGAGACGUCCAACUGGAUCGCGGCCAAUACCAAAGAGUGUCCCAAGUGCAGCGUGACCAUCGAGAAGGACGGCGGCUGCAACCACAUGGUGUGCAAGAACCAGAACUGCAAGCACGAGUUCUGCUGGGUCUGUCUCGGUUCCUGGGAGCCGCACGGCUCGUCCUGGUACAACUGCAAUCGCUACGACGAGGACGAGGCCAAGACCGCCCGCGAUGCACAGGAAAAGCUGCGCUCCUCGCUGGCCAGAUACCUCCACUACUAUAAUCGCUACAUGAACCACAUGCAGUCGAUGAAGCUUGAGAACAAAUUGUACUCAUCUGUGAAGCAGAAAAUGGAGGAGAUGCAGCAGCACAACAUGUCCUGGAUUGAGGUGCAAUUUCUGAAAAAGGCUGUCGACAUACUUUGCCAGUGCCGUCAGACUCUCAUGUACACAUACGUAUUUGCGUAUUACUUGAAAAAGAACAAUCAAUCCAUGAUAUUCGAGGAUAAUCAAAAGGACUUGGAGUCGGCAACCGAGACGUUGUCCGAGUAUUUGGAACGUGAUAUUACAUCCGAGAAUUUGGCUGAUAUUAAGCAGAAAGUGCAGGAUAAAUACAGGUAUUGUGAAAAGCGGUGCUCUGUUCUACUGAAGCACGUGCACGAGGGCUACGAUACGGACUGGUGGGAAUACACAGAAUGACGCGAGUCAUGGCUGGAUAACUAAGCUAAGCUGAGCGGCAGGCAGUCGGAGUGGAGUUCAAUGCCCGCUAAACGCCUCCCCAUCCAGCAUCCAGAAUGCACCAACCACUAUCCCUCAUCCACAUAACCAACACCCACCCACACAGAAACCGAAGCCGAAGAAGUUGAACAGAAGUUAGGGAUAAAGCAGAAGCUACAUAGAAAGGCAAAACGAAAGAAACGCAAAACUCUUACAGAAUGAACCCCAAACACAAGAUGCAAUGCGAAAAGAGAAACCAUUUCAGAAUAAUUGUGAAAACAGAGAGAACUCUAUAUUAAAUCGUAAUAUAUAAAUAUAUAAUUAUAUAUAUUUUUCUUCGUAAUGAGCAGCAGCAUCAGGAGCCUAUGCAGGACAGGAUCAGAUAGACACACACUCGGACACACCACACUCACACAACCAGUCACAAGGAUCAGCAGCAGCAGCAUAUAUAUAUAGUAAAUAAUCAACAGUUACAAACUUAUUUGAUGUUAACCGAUUGCAAAGAGAUCUUCAUGUUAUCAAAAACUAAAGAAAAACGAUACAAAAAGCAAAAAAAUUAGUGAAUUCAAAGCUCCACGGAUGAGAAACCAACAAUAGAACCUAAACGUAUGUGAAAUAAACUACACAUGUAAGCAGAAACACUUGCCCAGCUUCCUUUCCACCUGCCCAACUUCCUUCGACCUUUCAAUGUCCCCUUUUAAAUCCCGUUCAGGCUUCAAGUUAGCGUUAUUGUUCUUUAGUUCCAAUCUCAGUCCCAGUUCGAAUUUAAAUUUCGAAUUUCUUCCAGUUCGUUAAGCCUUUUUAAAUUGAUUUGCUUUUUAUUUUUCUGUUUUCUGUUCAAUAAACAAUUGUGCUUAGCAUAUAUGGAACGGAAACUAUUCCGGUUCGAUCGGA